CGUUAACAAGGAAGGGCUGAUCGGCACGUAGAUGAUUAGGAACAAUCAAAAUCAGCCAAAUCAGCAUCAAACGCUAGCAGCUUGCCUUCUCUACGCACUCAUAAGCCUCACACUGUUGUAUUACAUCAUCAGCCAACGCCCGCUGACUCUUUGUUCAAUUGGCCACCGACCCCUACGGCGGCUCCAAGUUACCCCACUGACGCAACGUCAGAAACGCCGCGGUUCCGACUCGCAAGGCAACCGGGUCCACCUCGACGAGACGUGUUGUCGACAGUGACCCCCGACGACCUGCGCAGACCUACGUUAACCACACAAACGUCAACUGCACCCCUCAGCUGCCAUCUCGCAUACCACCUCAGCAUCGUCACCCGCAGAUCGGCCAGCUAGCUUCUCAAGAUGGAGGACCCCCGCGCUCUGCUGCAGAAGGCGGACAAAGCCCUCGCCGGCGCCUCCGGAGGCUGGAGCCUCUUUGGCGCAAAGGAGGACAAGCUCAUGGGCGCCGUCGACAUGUACAUCGCCGCCGCCAAUGCUUUCAGGAUGCAGAAGGCCGACCGAGAGGCCGGCCAGACGUUCGAGAAGGCGGCGCAGAUCCAGAACUCCAAGCUGAACGAGCCCGAUGAUGCCGCCAACACAUACAUGGACGCAUUCAAGGCCUACACCAAGGCCAGCCCCGAAGACGCGGCCCGCUGCGCCGAGAUCGCCAUCCAACAAUACUGCAAGAAGGGCAACUUCCGCAGGGCGGCGGGCCUCAAGGAGAAGCUUGGCGAACUGUACGAGAUCGACCUCGGCGACCUGAAGCGUGCUGUGUCAGCAUACGAGAAUGGCGCCGAGUGGUAUGAGGGAGACGGGGCUGCGGUGCUCGCCAACAAGCUGUGGCUCAAGGUGGCGGACAUUGCCGCGGUUGACGCCGACUACUACAAGGCGAUCGAGGCGUACGAGAAGGUGGCGCAGGCGUCCAUCAACAACAACCUCAUGAAGUACUCGGUCAAGGACUACCUCCUCAAGGCCGGACUCUGCCACCUGGCGACCAAGGAUAUGAUCUCGGCCGCAAGGGCGCUCGAAAAGUACAGCGAGAUGGACCCGACCUUCCCGAGCCAGCGCGAGUACAAGCUGCUGGCCGACAUUUGCGAGGCCGUCUCGGACAACAACCGGGAAAAGUUCGAGGACGACCUGGCCACGUUCGACAGGAUGACCAAGCUGGACAAGUGGAAGACGACGAUCUUGCUGAGGAUCAAGGACCAGAUCGAGGAGGCCGACAACGAGUUCUCUUGAAAUGUUCUUUUUUUUUCGGGUGUUUCUCUCGUUGCGCCGAUUACUGCAUCCGCGCUGCUUGUCCCUCGGUCUCCUUUCUACCUCCAAUACCAUUUCCCAGCACAUGGGUAUCUGUUACUUGUCGUUUUAGCCUUUUGGGUAGCAUCCAAUGAAAACCAGCCAUGGUUUGUUCAUCAAAUAUUAGGGUCCGUGACUG